AUGCUGUGCAGACAGAAGCUUCGGGAAUUCAAACAGGGUCAUGAUGUUCAAGGCGGCAGCUCAGAUGAUAAGCAAGGCGGUGCAAGUUCUGACGACGAUGACGAGGGCGGAGAGCCAGCAGAGCCCCGCUUCGUGAUCGACGACGAGGGCCAAAUCACUUUCCAAGACAUCAUCAAAGAUUCCUUGGAGGAGGAAGUUCAUGCUUUCAUGGAAGAAAUUGAGCACAACAACAUUCGGAAGAUGCACGGUGCAUACUGUUGCCCUUUCUGCCCUUUCCGAGCUUUUGGUCGAUUGUGCCAGCUCUCUGAUCACCUGAGGCGCCAUCAUGUCGCCGCCAAGCAGUUUGUGUGCUCAGGAAAGAAGCAGUUAAAAGUGAUUUUGGCCUUGCACGAUUCAGAUUCUGUCCGCAAAGAGAACGGUGCAGACUACUUGUUUCGCAGUGCCAUGCUCCUUAGAACUCAAGUGGACAUCUACAUGUCCUAUCAAGUCCAAAGCUUGAAGAGCUCCAUCUUCAAAACUUUGGAACACAGUCAGGAAUUCUUGUGCUUGUCCAUUGAUGCUACACUCAAAGUCUGCAUGACUGUGCAGGGACAAGCAAACUAUAGAGCAUCGGCCCAAACCCGAAAUGCGGCUUGCUUUGAUGAUGAGCAUUCUUUGAGAAGGGUGCUGACUAUCAGGGGGCGUACCGGUGCCGUCUUAGGCAUGGUUCCUGUUCCGAGUGAAGAGUCACCAAAGAUCAAGGAAUCUCUGCGCAAUCUUUUCUCCAACCAGGCAUUGUUCCAGGUUCGAUAUUUAGCUACGGACAACCCCUCUCCUAAGCUCUUCCGCGAGUUGAAAGAGAUCUGCCCAAACCUGAGCUGCCUCUCCUUGGAUCCUGUUCAUCUGGCCAUUGUCUACGAAUAUGCCCAGUGGGGGAAGAAGACGGCUGGAUCGAAAGUUCUACGGUGUUUGCUACAUAAGAUGAACCAGGUAGCCCCGAACAUGCGUUCCAGCUCUUGGGGGCCCCUCUUCACUGGCACCGCACCGCCAAGCCUGACUCGCGAUGAAGAGCGGGCACGACAUCUCAUCACUGACGGCAGCAUGGGCGCAACCAGGGCCAAACGCAUCCUGGACAACCUUCAUCCAGAUUCGCCUUUGUUCUGCCGAAUCACCUUCAUUGAGGCAUUAGCCGCCCUUUGUGCAACGUACCCACAUGAGGUGAGCCGUAAAGUGACAGGCUCCAACAAAGAAAUUAGGAAGGUUCUUUGGGCAGCCACAGCACCAGAUAGAUUGGAAUGGCUGAUGAACAACCUCCGUGUGCGGCACGAUCUAACCCCUCUAGAGCGGGGGUUGCUGCCAAGCGGCACGUCCUCUAAUGAGUCCCUUCAUGCCGAGAUAAAUUCGUGGACUAAGUCCAUCCGUUCAUUGCACCAGAGCACACUGCGGCAGAAGCUUGAAAUUAUGCAGUUUGGCAAGGUGCUCGCCCAUCAUGUCGCCUCGUGUUUUCCUACGGUGCAGCAGACUUCAGAAGCUGUCCUGCUUGCGCGGGCAGUGGCCACUGAUGUCUGGACCGAUGCCACCUGGCAAAACUGUUGCUCGUCUGCCAAGGCACCUGUACCUUUGCAUCGGGCGCGGCAAGCGGAAGCCAGAAAGGUACAGAAGUGGAAGCAAACAAUCCCCAUGAAGAGACGCGGAAAGAGGACAGUCCACUCUGUCAAACGUGUGCACUCGAUUCGAUCUUCCGGCGUCAAGCCGAAAAGGCUUCGACGAUAG